AUGGCGUGCAUGUUGCAGUUUUAUGGCAAAACAGGUGGAGGGGAAAAUGGGUCAUUGAGGGCGAUCAGUAAUUACCAGAAUCCGACCUUAGAGCGCCUGCCACGAGCUGGCCUAGCGGGCUUCACAGAUAAAACGGGUGAUAAUGGAUACCCUGCUUCAAGAGGUGUGGAGGAGCUAAGUCCUCUCGACCGAAACCACGAUAGCGCUAGCGUCAGCGUCCAUGCCUCCCGCGAUGUCGCGGCCUCAGUCGUGACAGGUCCUCUAAAGAUCCGUGAGUCGCAGCCAGGAGAGGUAUCUGUUCGUGUUCACGCUGUAAACUCUGAUAGCUCCAGCCUCCAAAGUCCAGUCAAGCGUUUCAUGAGUAAUCCUGACCUGGUGGAACGAUCGUCUAGUCGUUCACGUCAGGAAUGGAAGGAACAGAUGAGACGGAAACACCUGCCGGCCAUUUUCGUUAACGAUGCGUUUGAAAAAGAGGACAGCAGUAACGCUGUCCAGAACUCUUCUCCACCGGUCAGCAUCGAUCCACAGCCGGUCGAGAAGUCACACAAGAAAGAAGGCAGUAACAGCUCGCUUUACUACUUCUGCGGGGAAUAUCACCCAGACAAUCUUACGUCGAGCUUUAGUAAGCCACCGACAGAGAGCGAAAGUGACGGAAUGAGUUAUCAGUACGACACGGUUGAUAUUUCUAUAGUCCUCGACGACACGUCGUCACAGACAGGAGCGAAAAUCACGGAAAGCAAACCUUUCGGAAGUGUCUCUAGUGGAGCGAAACCGCCAAAAAAGCCAGUCAGGAAGCAACAGUCGAUGGGGAAAAUAGGCCAAAACUCGGCCAAAACUGAAAAUUCCAGCAUCAUAAGUGAUAGUUCUGUGGUAAUAACGCCAAACAUUCCUAUGGGGCGUCCUGUGUGGCCGGAUGAUCCUGAAACGUUUGAAAUAUCGGAACCAUUUAGAGACGCCAAGACGUUUCCUAGCGCCACGAGUUCACAGAGAAGUAAUUCACCCUCAAUUCACUUUGAUGAAGAAGUGGACAAAGGAUUUGAGGAAGCAUUAGCCAUUGGCUACGCGUCCGUUUCCGCUUUAGACAGCGUGCCGUAUUUCCAGUCGAUUUCCGAGGAGCCCGGCGGGUCCCUAGGUUUACCAGAUGAUAACAAUCCGUUCUCUGAAGACAACCUAGAUGAUACGCGCAGCGAGGGAUCGUUUGUCACGCAGGCCGUUGUAUCCAAACACAGACAUAGACAUUAUUCCAGUGAGAGCGAGAACCCGUUUGACAAAGUGCCUAUAAAUUCAAGUAAGCCAAAGACUAACAUCAAGAACAACCAUCAGAGUGGCAAUGGUGACUCAGGAACUGGUACCUGGGCGGAUUAUUCCAACGGAUUUAUUGACGCAGAAAUUCGAGAGGACGAUGAAGCGUUUACCUACAAGACCAGGGAUCCUAACUCGUCAUCAUUACCUUGGCCCGACGACAAAGUGUCUAACAGCCACGAUCGCAUGUCCUUUGACUCGGAUUUUUCCGAGGAUCGCUUCGACGAACCGACCACUCAAAAUGGGUCUCAUGUCAAGGCACCAUGUAACGGAUAUUCUGAGAACUGAAGUGCCAUAGACACCAGAGAUGCCAACAAACCCAACAAUUCCCCCA